AUGCUGCCACCCGGCAUCCAGGUUCACGAGGGACCUGGCCAAGUUGUGGUCAAGCUCGCUGACGGGAAACCACGCCGCGUAUCGCGACGCGAAGUGUCGCUGCCAUUCACGUUUGAAGGCUUUCGCAGUAACGACAAUUUCUUGGUGAUUGAGAUGAACUAUGAUUUCGAUUGCAUCCUGGGCAUGCCAUGGCUGUUACGCUAUAAGCCCAAGAUCGACUGGCUAGCCAGACCAGCGAGGCGUCGAAGUAAGUUCGACGUCAGCAAAGUGUUCACCCAUCUCUUGGUGUCCCCAAGUGAUUGGCCGAAGCAGAGGUCUUCGCGCACAAACGAAGCAGUCGAACAGAGGUUCCCGCACGAGAUAGCAGUGGUCGAACAGGUGUUCCCACCUGCACCUGUUGUGGUCGAACAGAAGCUCUUAAAAAGGCAAGAUGUGGCCGAGCAGGGGCUUGCCACCAAGUGUGACGUGGAUGGACAGGAGUCCCCACGUGCGAACAUGAUGGUCAAACAGGGGUUCCCAUCAUCACCUACUGUGGUCGAACGGAGGUUCCCACAUGAGCAAGACGUGGUCGAGCAGAGGCUCCCACACGAGCUUGUGGCGGUUGAGCAGGGGCUGCCGCAUCAUGCGUCGACAGACGAGUAUGUGCUACUCUCGUCUCGCGAUUUCAACGUCCUGGAUGAGGACAUUUAG